CGACAUACAAUCAGAACGGUCUGUCUUCUCGGUUGUCUAAUGCAGCGAGAUCGUCCGAAGGAGCACUAUGGCCCAUUUUUCCGUUCUACUGCACAUGAUCAUGCAAUGUAUAUAACGAAUACCUCCUCGUAAUUCCGCUGUGCAUCUACCCCUCUCCUUUCUGCUCCUCCUUCCCCGUUGGCAUUCCUCCUUGCACAAUGCCUUCUACCACGCAACCCAGCAGCGCUGCGCGCUCCUUUCCUACAAUUAAGAAAGUGAAGACGUUCAUUACUCAAGGACCUGGCUCAGGCGGGGACUACCACAAUGUACAUGGAGGCCAUUGGCUCAUAGACUCUAAGAUCUCGACACCCAUGAGCCAGUACGAGCAGUAUCGCAAAUCAAGAACGAGCUGGGGAAUCAACGUCUUGGGUUCAUUCUGCGUAGAGUUGGAGGCCACAGAUGGCUCCAAAGGUUUUGCAACAGGCUUCGGAGGACCACCGGCGUGCUGGCUGGUCGCUGAGCAUUUUGAGCGAUUCUUAAUUGGCCAAGAUCCCCGAGACACCAACCACCUGUUUGAGCAGAUGUACCGCGCUUCCAUGUUCUACGGCCGCAAAGGCCUUCCCGUCGCUGUCAUCUCCGUCAUCGACCUUGCACUCUGGGAUCUCCUCGGCAAGAUCCGCAACGAGCCGGUAUACAAGAUGAUCGGAGGAGCAACGCGUGAGAGGCUGAACUUCUAUUGCACUGGCCCCGAGCCUGUAGCAGCAAAGGAAAUGGGCUUCUUUGGCGCCAAGGUUCCUCUACCAUAUGGUCCUGGCGAGGGAGUAGAGGGCUUGAAGAAGAACGUCGAGUUCCUCACAAAACACCGUGAAAGCGUGGGACCAGACUUUCCUAUCAUGGUUGAUUGCUAUAUGAGCUUGAACGUACCUUACACCAUCGAGGUCGUCAAGGCCACGGAGCAUCUCAACCUUAACUGGUGGGAAGAAUGCCUGAGCCCCGAUGACACGGAAGGUUUUGAGCAGAUCAAGCGUGCUCACCCCAGGAUGAAAUUCACCACCGGCGAGCACGAGUUCAGCAGAUAUGGUUUCCGCAAGCUCAUUGAGGGCCGCAACUUGGACAUUCUUCAACCCGAUGUCAUGUGGGUGGGAGGUCUCACGGAGCUGCUCAAGAUCUCAGCAAUGGCUUCUGCAUACGAUAUUCCUGUUGUCCCGCACGCUUCAGGUCCCUAUUCCUACCACUUUGUUGUCAGCCAGGCCAACUCGCCGUUCCAGGAGUACCUCGCGAACUCGCCAGAUGGCAAGUCUGUGCUUCCAGUGUUUGGCAACCUCUUCCUCAAUGAGCCCAUUCCCAACAAAGGAUACCUUGAUGUUAGCCAGCUAGACUUGCCUGGUUUCGGUCUCGAGUUGAACCCCAACGCUGGCCUUAUCGAUGCGACGCGCAUUCUCAACCCUGCGCCGGUUAAAGCUUUGAAGCCUGCCGAAGAAAAGCAACCUGAGCAAUCGGCUGAGACCAACGGCGCUGAUGUGAAUGGUCAGCUACCCCGCCAUACGCAAAUGGAGGCGGUCAAAGACACCAUCAACACAGCCCUUGAGGCACUGCACAUCACCGGCAGUAAGCAGGGUGUUGCAGCGAAGGAACCCUCAGAAGAACAACUCAAUGAUCUGAAAUCAAAGUAUGAGAAGGCAGGGCAGGAGCAGGUCUUCUCCUUCUACGACAAGCUCUCUACAGCUGAGAAAGCCGGUCUCUUCGAGCAGCUGAGCAACUUCAACCCCGAAUACAUCAACGAGAUCACCGAGCGAGCCCUGCACCCAGCCAAAUCAGAAUCAGAAUCUACCGAGACCAAGCUCGAGCCCCUUCCCGAAAAUGCUACCUCCUCAGUCCUCGACUCGUCACAGGACAACCUUGACAAAUGGUACAACAGCGGCUUGGACCUGAUCGCUGAGAACAAAGUGGCAGUGGUCCUCAUGGCCGGUGGCCAGGGCACACGACUAGGCAGCUCGGCACCAAAGGGCUGCUUCGACAUUGGCCUACCAAGCAAGAAGAGCCUGUUCCAGCUGCAGGCUGAACGCAUUGCGAAGGUGGAGCGGUUGGCGGCGAAGAAGCAUGGCAAGGAGAGCGUUACUGUACCGUGGUAUGUCAUGACAUCUGGGCCCACGAGAGGACCGACUGCCAAGUACUUCGAGGAGAACAACUACUUUGGCUUGAAGAAGGAGAACGUUGUAAUCUUUGAGCAGGGUGUGCUGCCGUGCAUCUCGAACGAGGGCAAGAUUCUGUUGGAGAGCAAGUCCAAGGUCGCGGUCGCUCCUGAUGGCAACGGUGGUCUCUACCAAGCCCUCAUCCAGUCUGGUGUGGUUCAAGACAUGGGCAAGCGAGGCAUCCAACACAUUCACGCCUACUGCGUCGACAACUGCCUCGUCAAGGUCGCUGAUCCCGUCUUCAUCGGUUUCUCCGCCUCAAAGAGCGUGGAUAUCGCAACUAAAGUCGUCCGCAAGCGCAACGCAAAGGAGUCGGUUGGCCUCAUUCUGCAAAAGAAUGGUAAGCCAGACGUUGUAGAAUACUCUGAGAUCUCGACCGAGGAUGCAGAGGCGAAGGAUUCCAAGGACUCCGAGUUGCUGAAGUUCCGUGCCGCAAACAUUGUCAAUCACUACUAUUCGUUCAGCUUCCUGGAGAGCAUUCCAGAGUGGGCGAAGAAGCUGCCCCACCAUGUUGCUCGCAAGAAGAUUCCAUUCGUCAACACCGAGACUGGAGAGACGGUCAAGCCAGAAAAGCCCAAUGGCAUCAAACUGGAGCAAUUCGUCUUCGACUGCUUCCCAUUCCUCACCCUGGAGAAGUUUGCGUGCAUGGAGGUGAAGCGAGAAGAUGAGUUCUCACCGUUGAAGAACGCCAGAGGCACGGGCGAGGACGAUCCCGAUACGAGCAAGCAAGACAUCCUGGUUCAGGGCAAGAAGUGGGUCCAGGCCGCCGGUGCUACUGUUGUGAGCGAGGACCUGAAGGAUGGCAUAGAAGUGUCACCCUUGAUCUCAUACGGUGGCGAAGGCCUCGAGUUCCUCAAGAACCGUACGAUCAAGGCUCCUGCUGUGAUAGAGUCAGAAGACUAGGAGCCCAUGGUCUUGGAUUUGAGGACUAGAAGUCCUUCAAACCAAACGCGGGCAUUGUCUAACCCGCCGAGUUGCUCUUUAGGGCGGCCAAGAAGAACACAUGGAUGAUCAUGAUUUCCGCGUGCCUAUUCUUGAGUCGAAAAAGGUUAUAUAACGAC